AUGUCUGAACCCAAGUCUGAACCUAGUAGGGACUCCGAGCUACCAUCUCAGAACAGUCAGAUCACAGGAGGCCAAUCCUCCACCAUAGCGAAACUCCUUGGCAAAGACAAGCUUAAGGAUACUGGACCGCCAGUCCGACAGCAAUCCAGUCGCUCUGCUAGAGCCAAAGCUCUUCCAAAAGAGGCAUACCAGGGGGUUAAGCGCUCCGCUCCAAGGCUUGAUCCAGAAGUGGAUCAGCUACUCUCAGAUGCCGAUGCUCUAACAAGCAUAGGUAAAAAGGGAUCUGCAAGCGAUAAGUCCAAAAUAUCUGCUCAUUAUGGUUCUAAGACGCAAGAUUCCACUCGCAGUGCAGGUCUUGUGUACAUGGAAGGAACAAUGACGUUAGACGCACUAAAUGCAGAGCUAGCCACUGGAGACGAGGCAACUGCGCGACUUAGGGAAAUGCUUAUUGCGGCAAAUCAGCGGAUAGCACAGCUAGAGGGGCAAAUUAAACGAAUUAAGGACAAGACAUCUAUUCGUGCCGGGGAGGAUAUAUCGCUAUUGCUAGAACAAACAAAUGCAGCAAAGUCUAUCGCUGUCGCAGACAUGCUUAAACCGCUUGCUCCAGAAGCGCCUGCAAGCUGGGAGCUGGCUCAGGAGAAGCUCAAGGAUAAGUGUAGGCAGCUCAUCCAAGCCCUGAAGGUGGAGAGGGAGCAGCAUGACGAAGUAGAACGCACUCUCAAGCUAGAGAACCUGGGGCUUACACGCAGACUGAAGUACGCCGUGCUCCGGGCUCGUGAGCUAGAGGGGAAGCUCAAAUCUCAAGAAAAGUAUAUAAAAGACUGCGAGGCAGCAAUCCUGAAGCAGCACAAGCUCACUGAGCAUCUUCGCUCAAGGAUGCAGCGCACGGGAGAGUCACAACCGUAUAUGGAAAAGAACCCCAGAAGCCGGUCGGAGAAGAGAGCCUCUAGCACACCGAAGACGCCAAAGACCUCCAGAGAUUCGGCAGCCAGUCCUGUUGUGGAAGAAAAGACACAGCCCACGGCAGACAAUACUAAGAAGGCCUCUCAAGAUACGACUCUCAGGCAAGGGAAAUUCAAGAAAGGCGACGACUCCGUGAACCUAGAUAGUGACAGCAGCUUCCAUCUUACCCCGAAGAAGAAGCUUGUUGAAAGCGUGGACAGUUUUAGUGACGACUUCGGCUUUAAUCCAGGGGCAAAGAAGAUAAACAUUAGUGAUCUAUCUGACGACUUCGACAUCUGA